AUGUACUUCUCACACGACAAUUGCCAACAAGAUCGGAUUCAUGGAGAGAGGCUUGAAGACGUCACCAUUGUUGAGAAGAUCAUGCGGUCCAUGUUGCCAAAAUUCAAUUUUGUUAUCUGCUCAAUUGAAGAGUCAAAAAAUCUGGAUACUCUUUCACUUGAUGAAUUACAAAAUUCGUUGAUGGUUCAUGAGCAGAAGAUUGUUCAACAGGAUGUAGAAGAGCAAGCAUUACAAGUAACCACAACCUCCAAAGAUUUUAUGCGCAGAAAGAGCAAGUAUGGUCAUUACCGUUCUAAAUGUCGUACAAAUCUGAAAAAUGUACGUGGAGAGAACUCUAAUUUUGUAGAAGUAACUAAGGAGGAAGAUGAGGUCUCUCUGUUAAUGGUGAGCCAAUCCUCAGAAGAAUACCACACAAGUUUAUGGUAUUUAGACACGGGUUGUAGCAACUAUUUGUCUGGAGAAAAAUCUGCAUUUUCUGAACUAGAUGAAACUUUUCACACAACAGUCAAGUUUGGGGAUGAUUAUUGUAUUGCUGUCAAAGGGAAAGGGAAGGUGAAACUCCAAACAAAGUCUUCUUCUAUGAAGAUUAUCUCUGAUGUUUUCUUUACACCAGACCUAAAAAACAAUCUUAUCAGUGUGGGUCAACUUCAAGAGAAUGGCUACGAGAAAAGGACAAAGGUUGAUGACAAAGCCAAUAAGUGUGUUUUCAUGGGUGUUAGCAGGGAGUCAAAAGCUUACAAGUUGUACAAUCCUAUCAACAAGAUGGUGAUUAUCAAUCGUGAUGUGGUGUUUAAUGAAGAUAAUAUUUUGUUGUGGGAAGAAAAACCGAACAACCAACAAAUUCCUUUGGAUCUUGAUGAUGGAGAUAAGGAGCAAGAGCAACCAGUAGCCGAUGAAGGUGUUUCUACCUUGGUACAUCAAGAAGGCACCAGUUUCCGACCUCAACGAAAUCGAAGAAGGCCAACAUGUAUGGCAAAUUAUGAGGUAUAUGUUGAUCAACCUCCUAGUUAUGUGAUGCAUGAAAGUGAGCAUAAAGUUUAUAGAUUGAAAAAGGCCUUCCCCGAGCUUGGUACCAUUGACUAUGGUAUUCUAUACAAGAAAGAAGGCAAGUCAGAGUUAAUUGGCUUUACAGAUAGUGAUUUUGCUGGAGAUAAAGAAGACAAGAAAAGCACUUUAGGUUAUGUGUUUAUGCUUGGAUCUAGAGUUGUUUCUUGGUGCUCCAAGAAGCAACCAAUUGUUACAUUGUCCACUACAGAAGCAGAGUUUGUAGCUGCAACUGUGUGUGCUACCCAAGCAAUUUGGUUGAAGAAGAUAUUGGCUGAGCUUCAUGUUCGACAACAAGAACCAAUUCUGAUUUACUGCGACAAUGGCUCAGCGAUUAAGCUUUCAUAG